AUGAGAAAGCCCCUGUUGGAAGUCCUACAGGGUUCCUCAAGGGGCCAUGCUAUAUACGACGAGUCGAUGCAAUCGACCACGUCGUAUACUGACACCGGAUUGCCGGAGUCCUUCAAGUUUGGGGGUCUCUUUAUCGAGCGGGCGGCCUCUUAUAAGGGACCUGUCACAUUUGGCCUCAAACGACGCCUCGAUGAUAUAACAACACCAUCGCGGCAGCCAAGACAGUUCGAUCGAGAAUGUCAAACCUCUACGCCAUGGAGCUGGACAAUGAACCCAAUUAACGCAGCAGCCGACGCCAAAGCAGAAGUCUACUGGCAGGGGUAUUCGUGGGUGAGGCCCUGA